GGAAUGUCACCCCUCUGAAAGACAGUUUUUUUCGGAUUCUCCACCACGUUACUGUUAAUAGUGGUUAUGUAAGGAUGAAACAGAAACAUGCCUUCAAGAGAAGGCACCAUAACGCUAGCUUCUUUCCUUCUUCCAGGUGACACAAGCUCUUGCUAAUUCACAGCCGGCGAGGGUCAUAACGAUGCAUCUCAGCAUGAACCCAAUCACGUUUCUGAGUCAGAUCCAGCAAAUGGGCGAUCCAAGGACAAGAGACUACCCUCUGGUAGUCAACCCCUUCUUCGUCUUUCCCCUGAUUCUGGGAUACCUGUACUUUGUCAAGGUGGCUGGCCCACGAUGGAUGAAAGACAGGGAACCUUUUGACAUCAUAAAUAUUGUUCGCUUGUACAACCUUGGCAUGGUAGCUGUCAAUGCUAGGUUCCUCUACAUCCUUCUGAAAACGACCUACCUUCCAGGAGGUCGCUACAGUCUCUGGUGUCAAGGAAUAACCGGGUACAUGGACGAAGAGUUAACCCAAUACUACAAAGACGGAUGGUUUUUUGUCGCGGUCCGGUACGUUGACUUUCUGGACACCGUUUUCUUCGUCCUUCGGAAGAAAUUCCGACAAAUCACGCACUUGCACGUCAUCCAUCACACCAUCGUGGCGGCGAACGUCUGGUUCUGGACCUUGUUCGCUCCAGAAGGACACGUCGCUUUUAGCCUGGCCCUCAACGUGUUUGUGCACAUCAUCAUGUACUCUUACUACUUCCUCGCUACCCUGGGUCCCGGAGUGCAGAAGUACCUCUGGUGGAAGAAGUACCUUACCACGUUGCAGAUCGCUCAAUUUGUUAUUAUCAUACUCCAUGUGUCUAUCCCUUUGUUCGUCGACUGUGGGUUCCCGAGAUAUCUUAUCUUCCUUGGAAACUCGCAGACGUUCCUGAUAUUGUGUUUAUUUGUGAACUUUUAUGUACAUGCGUACACUCGAAAGAGUCCCUCUGAAAGCAGUAAAAGUAGCACCGCGGGAGAUCUUCAGCAGAGCGUUGCGAAUAGAAAGCACGAUUAG